AAGAAAAAAAUUGACACUCCUGAACCCGUUUAAAUCCGCAUGUGUACGGUAAGUUGGCCCGUUCCACAGAGGAAAGAGAAAAAAAUUAAUACUACCUAUUCUACCCUUCCUACAAACGCUCAUAGAGUAGCGAAUUUGAAAUGGGGGGAAGGGGUUUUUCCUCCCUGCUAUUAUAUGUUUUUGAUUUAAAAGGAUACAACAAAUGUACUUAGUGUGAUUGGUUAUGUUCCUUGCUUUUCUUUAAAAUGGACAUGGUUCGAAUCCCAGUACGUGUCUUUUUAAUGAAUAAAAAAAAGUAAUUGUGAAGACCAAAAUGUCCUUCCUACUUUCACUCUCGUUGCAGGAAAUUUGAAAUGGGGCUCCCGUUUUUCCCUUCGGUGUAUUAUAUUAUGUGUAGAUUAUAUGUUUUAUUGCUCGAUUUCCUCAUAACUCGGCAUGCUGCACUAUUUUUCCUUUUAUCUUACUAUUUUUUUUCUUAGUCUCAACAUUAAUACUAAACAAGCCUAUCACCUAAGCAUAUAAAAUCUUCUGACUUCUAGGGAUGGCAAUAAAACCCAUUGCCGCGGGUAUCCGACCGCCCCCGACCCAGUCAACGCGGGGAAUCCCCGCUUUGACCGGGUAUGGGUAAAACCCGCAAAAAGUUUGAUGAGUAUGGGGCGGGUAUGGUUUUGACCUCCCCCGCCCCAUACUCAUACCCAUACCCGCCCCACCAAGAGAAUUUCUUCACAUAUAAAAAAUAUGUGGAUUAAAUUGUAAUCUAUCAAUGGUGAUGAAGAUAACUCAAGGAAAUAAAUAGUAGAAAUGCAAUUGAGUGACCAUUUUAAUCAAAAUCUAAUUCAUUUCCCUCAAUUCUCCUUUCACUCUUUCACUUUUCUACUUGUCUACAAGAUUAUGUUAGUUAAUUAUUACUUAGUAGAUGUAUAAGAGUUAGAAGAUAAUAAUUUGAAAAAUAUUAUGCUCUAUAUUUAGUAUUAAUGGAUGUUUUAGGAUCAUAUACUUUGAACCGUAUUAAGAAAAUGAUCGUGUUUUGUUGACUUCAUGAGAUAAUAUGUUCGUUUAGAGUAAUAAUUAAAACUUUUCUUGAAAAUUUUAGGUAUAAUAAUGUUGGAUGUAUGGGUACGGGUAUUACCCAUGGGUACCCGAAACCCACGGGUAUGGGGAUGGGUUUGCAAAACAUUCCCCCGCAUGGGUAUGGGGCGGGUAUGGAUUUGGGUAUUUGAAGAUGGGGAUGGGGAUGGUUUAGACAAACCCGCCCCAAACCCGCCCCAUUGCCAUCCCUACUGACUUCCAUGAUUUUUUGUUAUUCACUUUCAUUUUCAUGGUGUUGUGAUUGUACUUAUAUUGUCACAACCGUACUGCAACCACAACCAAAACGGGGAAAAAGGUCCUAAUUAAACCAUUUGCACAGAAGACUGAACUUUUGGUGUGCAUUCGGAUAAAUUCAUGUUUUGAUGGUUUUGCAUAUUGAAUAUAUAAUUCCUCAGAUGAUGUUAAGGACAAGCUGGUGGAGAAGCUCAGAUUGUUAGGAUUAGUCUCUUCGGAGCUCGACAAAAAAAAAAGUAUGUUAAGGGGAUGCUGCUGAGGAAUGUCAGAUGGUACGGGAAAGAGCAAGGCUCACCGAAGCUUGAUUGGAAGGAAGAGCUUGAACUGUAUAGAGAAUUUGAGAGUGGAGUACUGAUAGAUUACUCAAAGACAGUGGAAGCUGAGAAAGAGGAGGGUGCAGGAACACGAUUUCAUCAUUUUGACGAACACGACGACGAUGAGAAGAAUGCUCGUGAAGUUGUGAGGAAAUACAAAGCAUUGAGUGAUGAAGUUGCGAGGAAGUAUCGAAGGAGAUAUGCAUAUGAGUUCGAUGAACCGAAGGAGUUGGCACAUAUACAUGUAGAUUGGUGGUGGCAAGAUUAGGAGGAUGCUUGGCUGGCUCUACUUGAGUCAUAAUAUCUCCUACAGAAUUUGGUGUUAUCGUUUUGGUGAAUGUAUAAUGAUUAAUAAUAAUAAUCCAGCCGAUGAAUCGGGCUUCCAGUGAUUUAUGCAAAUCUUUCUUUAAUAUCUCAUAACAUCAAUAAUCGUCAUGAUAUGGUGCACCCUUAUGCAGCUCUUUUGACUUCUAUUCGGUGGAGACUGGCUCAGGAUUGGUGGCGAGAACAAACUCAAAAUAACUACCAACUACUGAACUCGACGAAAGAAUAACCAAAGCAAAAGAAACAUAAUUUGAAUUCCAAUAAUAUUCUCAUAUUAUU